AUGGUCUUCAACAUGUGUUUUCCAAAGUCAGGCGCGAGUACCCUGGCCCGCUCAAGUGGAGACGAUGCUAAACGGAAUAUGGAGAUUGAGAAAAUCAUACGAAAGGAUAAGAAGAAUCAAGCAAGGCAGGUCAAGAUUCUGCUGCUGGGUGCGGGGGAGUCAGGGAAAUCUACAAUUUUGAAGCAGAUGCGCAUCAUUUAUUCGGAGGGAUUUCGGUUGGAUGAGCGUAAAGAAGUGCGCCAGGUCAUCUUUUCGAACAUGAUAGUCGCAUUCAAGAUCAUUGCAGAGGAAAUGAGAGAGCUCGGGCUGGAAUACAAAAACGCAAAAUCUGACGACUAUGAAGCAGUUAUCGGGAAUGCUUCUGAUAUUGGGCCAGACGAACCAUUUCCAACGCAAUGUUUACCGGCCAUGAAGGCCCUGUGGGUCGAUGAUGCCGUUCAGCAGUGCAUCAAACGUGGUAAUGAAUACGCACUUCAUGACAACAUACAAUACUACUACUCUAAUAUUGACCGCCUAUUCUCACGAGAAUACGUUCCCAAUGAUCAGGACGUUCUUCGCUCUCGGCUUCGCACCACAGGAAUUACAGAGACGCUUUUUGAGCUGGGCCAACUAAAUUACCAUAUGUUUGAUGUUGGUGGCCAAAGAUCUGAGCGAAAGAAAUGGAUACAUUGUUUUGAAGGCGUUCAUUGUCUCAUGUUCGUUGCAGCGUUGAGUGGGUAUGACCAAUGUCUUGUUGAAGACAAGACUGCGAAUCAAAUGCAAGAAGCCUUGCUCCUAUUCGAAUCCAUCAUGAGUCUUACUUGGUUCAAGAGCUCAUCCAUAAUCCUAUUCCUGAACAAAACAGACCUUUUCAAAGAAAAAAUCCCUGAAAAGCCUGUGAGAGAUUAUUUCCCCGACUACACUGGCGAUACCAAUGACUUCCAAGCCGCUGCUGGCUAUUUCGCCAAUAAGUUUAAGAGCUUGAACCGAACAGAGGAUCGAGAGAUCUACGUGCAUUAUACAAACGCUACGGAUACCAACCUCCUCAAGCUCACAAUGCAGAGCGUGCAAGACACGAUCAUCCAAAGCAAUUUGACGACACUGAUCCUGUGA